ACGUCGCGAUUGCGUCAUCAGAAAGCGACGCUCCUCAGCUCUGCUUGUUUUCUACGCAGUUCGUCGCGAUGUGGAUUUAAUGGAAAUUUCCACUGCUUCUGAAUCAUCAUAAACACAUAUUCAGAUAAAAUUAUCUUAAAUAUCGCUCUUUAAACGGGAUCCGGACACUCCGAGGGAGAAAGAGAAUCAAAUUCGUGUAUUUGUAGAGCGCUAUCUGUGUUCGUACAGCAACACUUUUAGUUUACUCUGCUCUUCGUCAGUGACUCAUUACAGAGGUUUAAUCGUCGUCAGAAAUAAUCACUAAACUAUCUGUGAUGGAGUAUCACAGUGUGGGACCCGGAGGGGUGAUAGUCUCGGGUAACAAUGUACCUGCGUUUCUGACCAAACUCUGGACGCUGGUGGAGGAUCCGGACACAGACCCGUUAAUCUGCUGGAGCCCUAAUGGCACCAGCUUCCAUGUGUUCGACCAGGGACGGUUUUCCAAAGAGGUUCUGCCGAAAUACUUUAAGCACAAUAACAUGGCCAGUUUUGUUCGCCAGCUCAAUAUGUAUGGUUUUCGGAAAGUUGUCCACAUCGAGCAGGGUGGGCUGGUAAAACCGGAGAAAGACGACACAGAAUUCCAGCAUCCGUAUUUCGUCCGCGGACAGGAGAAUCUGCUGGAGAAUAUCAAGAGGAAGGUAACAACGGUGUCGAAUAUUAAACACGAGGACCUCAAGUUCAACACUGAUGACGUGUCUAAAAUGAUCACAGAUGUCCAGCUCAUGAAGGGCAAGCAGGAGUCGAUGGACUCCAAGAUCAGCACCCUCAAACAUGAGAACGAGGCGCUCUGGAGGGAAGUUGCCACUCUCAGACAGAAACACGCUCAACAGCAGAAAGUCGUCAAUAAGCUCAUUCAGUUCCUGAUCACACUUGCGCGGUCCAACAGAGUCCUGGGAGUGAAACGAAAGAUGCCCCUGAUGUUGAACGAUGGCAGCUCCACUCACUCUAUGCCCAAAUACUCUCGGCAGUACUCACUGGAGUCGUCUCCUGCCAUCUCUCCCUCCAGCACAGCUUUCACAGGAACGGGUGUCUACACCUCAGAAUCGCCUGUGAAGACGGGGCCAAUCAUCUCUGACAUCACUGAACUGGCGCAGUCCAACCCUGUGGCCACGGAGGAGUGGAUUGAAGAUAGAACAAGCCCAUUGGUCCACAUCAAGGAGGAGCCGUCUAGCCCCGUCCACAGUCCUGAGGUGGAGGAGGUGUGUCCUGUUGAAGUGGAAGUGGGGGCGGGAUUGGGUGUACCUACGGACACGCCCCUUUCCCCCACAACCUUCAUCAACUCCAUCCUUCAGGAGAACGAGCCCGUCAGCGCCCCGACCCCGCCUCCCAACGAGCAGAGGUGUUUGAGCGUGGCCUGCUUGGACAAUUAUCCUCAGAUGUCUGAGAUCUCUCGCCUUUUCUCCAGCUUCUCCACCUCAGCUCUCCACCUCAGGCCUCCUCCCGGGACAGAACUAAGUGAUCAUCUAGAGACCAUUGACUAUGGAUUAGAGAACCUUCAGCAGAUCCUCAAUGCUCAGACCAUUAACUUUGACACCUCACCUCUCUUUGAUAUUUUCACUUCAUCAUCCUCUUCUGAUGUGGAUCUGGACAGCCUGGCUAGUAUCCAGGAUCUUCUGUCACCUGAACCAGUGAAAGAGCCCGAAUCUAGUGCGGACACUGAAAAUUCAGGCAAGCAGCUGGUCCAGUACACGGCUCAGCCCGUGAUUCUUCCCGACCCCGUCGCCACUGAGACCUGCGGCACCGACCUGCCCAUCCUCCUGGAGCUGGAGGACGACUCGUAUUUCGGCUCAGAACCAGCCGAAGACCCGACCAUCUCCCUUCUGAACUUCCAGUCCCCCGUACCCGAAGACCCCAAACUAUCAUAGAGAGAGAUGCUUUUAUAAAGGGAUUUAUGUCUGUGUGGGUUUUUUAAAUUUGAUUCUCUGCAUUUUAUUUUAUUUUUGGUCUUUUAUUUAACACGUCAGGGCUAGCCAUCUGAAUAUUACUCUGGUAUUUCCCUUCACUUUUAGCCUGGGGAAAAAAAAAAUCUCUAAAAGCAAUAGAGAAAAUUCAGUAUUCCUUCCGUCAUAGUCGAAACAUCAAAAUAAGGUUUCAUUUGUUGGCUCGGUAGUUUCCUUGUUAUUCCGGCAGCGAGAGAACCUCAAACUAAAUGUGUAGUGCUACGUAUAAUGUAUCGACCAUGCUUCCUUCUUUUACUCGUCCAGAUUGCAACAAUACACGGAGAUCUUUACUAAGCGACUCUCUUGCAGUCUGUCACCGCUGCGAAACUUCCAAGAACUCGUUAUACAUGUAGUUUCCUGCUUUUCUGGUGGAACGCUUGUCAUCGUUUGAUCUAGUGACCCCAGAUUGAUGUAUUCGAUGUCCGGGUCUCAUCCCGCAAAGUACGCCAAAUUUUCAAUUUCCAGGAGAUUUUCUUUGCUUUUUUUCAUCUCGUGGAUAUUGAGGUUGAAACAACAAAAAAUAUAUGUACAUAAAUAUUAAGAAAUGUCACUUCUGUAGCCAGAAAAUGAGGGCGAUCUAUCAGACAUACAAGCAUCAAACAUGAAUGUUAUGUAAACUUGUCCAGCAUCCCACCAACUGCUUUCAAAACCAUAGCUGUUGCUCAUCAUAUAACGUCUGAUCUUGGUUAGCGACGAUGGGUAUGUAUUAUGACUAUGCCAGUUAAAGGUGCAGAUUUAGUGUCGGAAGAGAUUUUAAUGAGAUGAGAAGUUCUAAUAAGACAGCCAAUGAUGCUGUAUAUAGGGCGUAUGUUUGAAUAUAUAAAUAGUUUGGAUUCUGUAUUGAUAAUGUGUUUGUUCUGACGAAACCGAUACGUUUCAAACACAUUCAAUAGGACUGAAUUACACGAUAGGUGUAUUAUAUAAUGACAGGUCAUUUUUUGCAUUGAUAACAUGUCUAUUACCUGGGUCGGUAUCUGAUUUGAAGAAUUUGUGCAAUAAUUCAACUCUUAACCAGCUUUGACAGCAACACACACUGCUUUCUUUUAAUCUCUAUUUUGUUUGCUUUGCUAAAGGAAGUAGAGAAUAUAAUAGGAGAAUCUUGUGAAGAUCUUGUCUGGGCUUAUUUCACCUCAAAAUCUAAAAGAAAAUACAUAGUUUUUGCAUUAUGAAGUUAUUUUUUUAAUGACAAUUAAGCUCAUUUUCUCAUUCAUUCCAAAAAGUAACAAAUCACUUACAAUUCCAUUUAAUGCAAUUAUUUUUAAAAUGACAAACACUGGCAUAUGAUGUACACUUUUAAGUGUACUUUAUCAUUUAAACCGUUAAUGGUCCUUAGAAAAAAUAAGCUUUAUUUUAUUUAAGCAAAAUAUAAAUUAAACUAUCAAAUUAAAUAUAUAUUUUCUUGUGAUUUUGGGUGAAAUUUAUGGAAGCUUGUUUACGCCAAGAAAUAAAAUAAAAAAAACGGUAAUUGCAACUUUUUCUCGCGCAAUUCAUACUUUUUUUUUUCUUGUAAUUGAGUUUAUAUCUUGCAGUUCUGACUUUUUCUCUCAUAAUUGCGAUAUACACUCACAAUUAGGAGUUAUAGUCAGAAUUGUGAGAAAUAAACUCACAAUUGCAUGUUAUGUAUAAUUGCAUUAUCCAUCAAUUCUGACUUUAUAACUCAAAAUUCCAUGUUAAAGUGAGAAUUCCAAGUUUAUAUCGUAAUUCUGACUUUAUAAGAAGCAAUUGCAAGUUUAUAUCUCGCAAUUCUGAGAAAAGUGACAAUUGUCUGAUUAAAAACUCCAAAUUGUGAGGAAAAAAAGUCAGAAUUACGAGAUGUAAACUCUCAAUUGUGAGGAAAAAAGUCAGAAUUACGAGAUGUAAACUCUCAAUUGUGAGGAAAAAAGUCAGAAUUACGAGAUGUAAACUCUCAAUUGUGAGAAAAAAAGCCAGAAUUCUGAGAUAAAGUGUCACAAUUACUUUUUUUUUUUUUUAAAGUUUUUUUAGUGGUAGAAACAAGCUUCCAUAGAAAUGUUACCCAGACUGUUUUGUGAGAUUCACCUGUGUAAAUUGGAAACCAAAACUACAGAUUUAAAAUAGUAUUUUUUGGUGUGAUUUGUACACAUGCUAUGCCCUAUAGACUUCUAUCGUUGAACACUUGUUUAUUUUUGGAUGGUCAGCGCAGUAGAGGAACUGGGAUGUCAUUUGUUGGUGAUUCUCAUAAUUUUUAGUCAUUGGAUGACUGUCAUAGCCAGAGAGACAUUAAUAUUAGGCAUAAAUUAUUUUAUUACGCAUGUGAACAACACUUUGUGUAUUGGUAUGUUUCAAAUAAAAUGUUUUUGAAAGUA